AUUAUCAAAAGUCAUCGAUCUUACUCAACACUAGAACCCUAGAACGAAGAAUUAGUACGCAAGUGGCUCUCACGUGUGCCUCUGUAGCCCAAGCCGCCAGGCAGAUGGAUAAAUGCUUGGUUUACCUCGACGAAGCUCACACGAGAGGAACAGACCUCAAGAUGCCGGCGACCUAUAGAGCGAUCGUGACAUUAGGCCCCAGCCUCACCAAGGACCGGCUUGUUCAAGGUAGUUCCUAAUCGUGAAAGACUUGGAUGCUCUGCUGUGAUCUCUACACUUGAUCUUAAGUUAAAGACACCAACUCCUCCAAGCUCCCGUCCGGGGUACAUCGCAAAUAAUGCAUCAAUUAGCAUUGUUGAAGGCGGAGAACCAAAACCUGCGACAGGCAAAUGAAGUGCUAAGCAAGCGCCGGAGAGCUAAAAAAACACGAUUACAGCAAGGAGGAUCACUUAGUCAACAAGUAGCACAGGAGCUACAGGAUGAGAGGGAUGUUGUACAGCAAGUGGAGCAAGAAAUAAGGGCGAGUAGUGGUCGGAAGAUAAGGGAAGAAACCCGCGCACGUCGCUGUAGCAAGUGUGGUGGGACUGGACAUAAUGCGCGCACUUGUCAGAUUGUAAUAGACACAUCUGAGGAAGAGGACUCCGAGUAGUUUCAAUUGAUUUCUAGUGUUGUGGUGGAUUUAUCGCAAUUCCUAUGGGGUGGUCGCGAUAUUUUGGCCGGUUCGCUUGUUUGGCCGCUUCGUUAUACAUGUACGUUAAUGACAAAAAGAAAUCUAUAGGU